CUGAGGGGCUGGACUCAACAGACCACCGCCCGGACUCACAGAGAGAGGGAGAGAGGCGGGCCGAGGCAUGGAGUUGCAUGCACUGCACUGUCUCCUUUCACGGUAACGUUGGCAGAGCACGGAUUGGACUGGACUGGUCGUGUUUAUGCAAGGGAGCAAAACUGGAGUCCUGUGUGAAGACGUGAAGAAGAGGAAGAGGAGCGAGAGGAGGAGGAGGCCUUCUGCUGGACUGAUGGCUCCAGAGUGACAUGCCAUGGCUUUAAUGAUCCCCCCGGUGAAGCUCAAAUGGCUGGAGCACCUGAACAGCUCAUGGAUAUCCGAGGACAGCGAGUCGAUAGCCACACGGGAGGGAGUCUCGGUGCUCUACUCAAAACUGCUAGCCAACAAGGAGGUUGUGCUGCUGCCUCAGCAGGUGCUAUGUCUGAAGGGCCCCCAGCUUCCUGACUUUGAGCGGGAAUCCCUCUCCAGCGAUGAGCAGGAACACUACCUGGACGCCUUGCUCAGCAGCCAAUUGGCUCUGGCCAAGAUGGUCUGCUCUGACUCACCCUUUGCUGCUGCACUGCGCAAACGUGUGCUGGUGCUCCAGCGCAUCUUCUAUGCACUUUCUAACAAGUACCAUGACAAAGGAAAGGUCAAGCAGCAGCCACAUUCUCCAGAGAACAACUCGGGCUCGGCUGAUCUGCACUCCGUCAGUGAGCGGCCACGCUCCAGCACUGAUGCCCUCAUUGAGAUGGGUGUUCGCACGGGCCUCAGUCUUCUCUUUGCUCUCCUGCGCCAGAGCUGGAUGAUGCCUCCUCCACCCAGUCCUAGUGGAGUACCUGGGGGCAACAUAAACUUGUGUAAUGAUGUCAUUCACACAGCCAUUGAUGUGGUUAGCUCUCUGCCGCCACUCUCUUUGGCUAAUGAGAGUAAGAUCCCGCCAAUGGGCCUGGAUUGCCUGGCCCAGGUCACCACCUUCCUUAAGGGGGUGACCAUGCCAAACUCUGGGGCAGAUAUUCUGGGGCGACGCCUUGCCUCAGAGCUUUUGUUAGGGCUGGCCUCUCAGAGAGGAUCCCUGCGCUACUUGUUGGAGUGGAUUGAGAUGGCUCUGGCCGCUGCAGCUGUGGUCAGUACCAUGGAACAGAACAAGGUGCUACAGAACCAGGAGGGCCUCAUUGGCUAUGAUUGUUUCAUGAACAUCCUCAUGCAAAUGAGACGGUCUCUGGGCUCCUCAGCUGAUCGCAGCCAGUGGCGGGAACCCACACGGACACCUGAUGGCCUGUGCUCACUGUAUGAGGCAGCACUCUGCCUAUUUGAAGAAGUUUGUAGAAUGGCGUCGGACUACUCUCGCACCUGUGUGAGUCCUGACAACAUACAGACGGGCGAGGCACCAGUGGUGUCUGAGACCUGCGAGGUGUAUGUGUGGGGCAGCAAUAGCAGCCAUCAGCUCGUGGAAGGAACACAGGAGAAGAUCUUGCAGCCGAAGCUGGCUGCCAGCUUUGCUGAUGCACAGACAAUUGAGGCGGGUCAGUACUGCACAUUUGUGAUCUCCUCUGAUGGCUCCGUCCGGGCCUGUGGAAAAGGCAGCUAUGGCCGCUUGGGCCUUGGGGACUCCAACAAUCAGUCAACCCUCAAGAAGCUGACCUUUGAACCCCACCGUGCCAUCAAGAAGGUGUCGUCGUCCAAGGGCUCAGAUGGCCACACACUGGCUUUCACGACGGAGGGUGAGGUGUUCAGCUGGGGUGACGGUGAUUAUGGCAAACUGGGUCACGGGAACAGCUCAACACAAAAAUACCCCAAACUUAUCCAGGGUCCACUGCAGGGGAAGGUGGUUGUCUGUGUGUCUGCUGGCUACAGACACAGUGCUGCAGUCAGUGAGGAUGGAGAGCUCUACACAUGGGGUGAAGGGGAUUUUGGAAGAUUGGGUCAUGGUGACAGCAACAGCCGAAACAUUCCUACGCUAGUUAAAGACAUCAGCAACGUUGGAGAGGUUUCAUGUGGUAGCUCCCAUACGAUUGCACUGUCGAAGGAUGGAAGGACUGUUUGGUCAUUUGGAGGUGGAGACAACGGAAAACUAGGUCAUGGUGACACUAAUCGGGUUUACAAGCCAAAAGUAGUGGAGGCCCUGCAGGGGAUGUUUAUCAGGAAAGUGUGUGCAGGAAGCCAGUCGUCUCUCGCCUUAACCUCCACUGGACAGGUGUAUGCCUGGGGCUGUGGUGCCUGCCUCGGAUGUGGGUCUUCUGAGGCCACAGCCCUCAGACCCAAACUAAUCGAGGAGCUGGCUACCACCAGGGUGGUGGACAUCUCUAUAGGGGACAGUCACUGCCUGGCCCUCUCACAUGACAAUGAAGUAUAUGCAUGGGGCAACAACUCAAUGGGCCAGUGUGGUCAGGGGAACUCCACCGGGCCCAUCACAAAGCCCAAGAAGGUCGUUGGCCUGGACGGAGUUGCCAUUCAGCAGAUCUCAGCUGGCACGUCUCAUAGCCUGGCCUGGACAGCGCUUCCUAGGGAUAGGCAGGUGGUGGCGUGGCACAGACCGUACUGUGUUGACCUUGAAGAAAGCACCUUUUCCCACCUGCGCUCUUUCCUCGAGCGCUAUUGUGAUGGCAUCAACAGUGAAGUUCCCCCUCUUCCCUUCCCCUCCUCCAGGGAGCAUCAUAACUUUCUCAAGCUGUGCCUUCGACUCUUGUCCAAUCACCUGGCUUUGGCUCUGGCCGGGGGCGUGGCCACCAGUAUCUUAGGUCGGCAGGCAAGGCCACUGAGGAACCUGCUCUUCAGACUGAUGGACUCUUCUGUGCCAGAUGAGAUUCAGGAAGCUGUGAUUGAGACUCUGUCCGUGGGGGCGACCAUGCUGCUGCCUCCUCUGAGAGAGAGGAUGGAGCUGCUUCACUCCCUGCUGCCUCAGGGACCUGACAGAUGGGAGAGUCUCUCUAAAGGACAGAGGAUGCAGCUUGACAUCAUCCUGACCAGUCUACAGGACCACACCCACGUGGCCUCGCUCCUGGGUUACAGCUCUCCUGCUGACGGCCCCGAGGUUCUGUCCUCUGGUGUUGGUUUCACAGCUUCCCCAGAUUCCACCUUCAGCACCACAGCGGGACAUCCAGACACACACCUGGCUGAGAUCCUCAUGAAGACUCUACUCAGGAACCUGGGCUUUUAUACUGACCAAGCGUUUGGUGAGCUGGAGAAGAACAGUGAUAAACUGCAGCAGGGCAUGUCCUCCUCUGACAGCAGUCAGCCAGCUCACCUUCACCAGCUUCUCUGCUCCUUGCAGAAGCAGCUGCUGGCAUACUGCCACAUUAACUCAGUCACUGAGAGCUCGAGCAGCGUGGCUUUACUCCACAAACAUCUGCAGCUGCUGCUGCCUCAUGCCACAGAUAUCUUCUCCCGCUCUGCAACGCUGAUAAAGGAAAGCUCCUGGAAUGGCAGUAUACGAGAAAAACUUCAAGAUGUGAUCUUCGUCUCUGCAGCAGGCAGCAUGCUUUGUCAGAUCAUCAACUCUUUGCUGCUGCUUCCUGUGUCAGUGGCGAGACCACUGUUGAACCACCUGUUGGACCUGCUCCCUCCCCUGGACCGACUUAACAGACUGCUGCCUGCUGCUUCUCCUCUGGAGGACCAGGAGCUGCAGUGGCCUCUUCAUGGGACGUCCGACUAUGCUGAGCCAGCCUCAGGUAUGUCCCUGCCUCAGCCAGCAUUGUCCUGGGUAUGGCUGGUGGACCUGGAGAGGACAGUUGCUCUUCUGGUUGGCCGAUGCCUUGGUGGGAUGCUGCAGGGAGCCACCACCUCACUGGAAGAACAGGACACGGCUUACUGGCUCAGAACACCGCUCUUCAGCAACGGCUUGGAGAUGGACAUCCCUCUGCUUGACUCGUCCAUCAGCUCCCUGUUGGAGGCAGCUCUGUGUGGAAAUGAGGAGCAGAAGCCGUUCGACUGCACGUUGUGUCCUGACCUGAGCGUCCUGGUGGACCUGGCUCUGGGUUCAUCUAAAGAACCUGCCAACAGCCUGUGGAUCAACAUGCAGGACUACGCCAUGAGCAAAGACUGGGACAAUGCGUCUCUCAGUAACGAGUCUCUGUUGGACACUGUAUCCAGGUUUGCAUUGGCAGCCUUAUUAAAGCACACUGGGCUGCUGGGCCAGGCCUGUGGGGAUGGCAGAUACCAACCAUCUAAGUCUCUGGCUGAGAUUUAUCGCUGUGUUUACAAAGUACGAAACCGCCUGCUGGCGUGUAAGAACAUAGAUUUCAUCCAGACACGGUCUUCUUCACGCGAGAGGAGGAUCUCUGACAAUCAGGACUCUCUGGACAUGGACCCUCAAGAGCACUCAUUCACACGCACUAUUGAUGAGGAGGCGGAGCUGGAAGAGAGGGCGGACCGCGAGAGAGAAGAGGGUCACCAGGAACAAGAUGAUGAAGAGGAGGACCAUGAACAUGAAGUGAUGACAGCUGGAAAAAUCUUUCAAUGUUUCCUCUCAGCGCGGGAAGUCGCUCGCAGUCGGGACAGAGAACGGACCAGCAGCAGCGCAGGCCUGGGCUCUGGCUCGAGGAGUGGAGGCAGAGAGGAGGACGUCAUUCUGUCUCAGGAGGGCAGGUUGGGCAGCGCGGGUCUCCCAGAGGGCCAGGACCUGUACACGGCAACCUGUAACUCAGUGAUCCACCGCUGUGCCCUGCUGCUGCUGGGCUUGAGCCCCAUGUUUGGAGAGAUUAGCAAACAGCACCAGGAGGAGGGUCAGACCCAGUCCACUACAGGGACACAUGAGUCUCUGAGCUUCAUGACCAGGAGUGAGAGUCUGAGCGCAGAGAGCCGCUCAGUGCAGGGCAGCCCGAGUUACAGACUGAUCAAGUCCAGGAGCGAGUCUGAUCUGUCCCAGCCCGAGUCGGAUGAAGAGGGUUACACUCUGAGUGGAAGGAGAAACGUUGACCUGGACUUGGCGUUUUCUCACAAAAAAAGAGGUUUACUUCACAGCUCCCCAGACUCUGUGGCUGAGUCUUGGUUCAGAGCCAAACUGAGCCGCCAGCGCAGCUACGGCUCGGCACACUCGUACGAAGAGUCAGACUUGGACCUGAGCCGCUCGCUGGGCAUCCACGCUCUCAUUGACAACAUGGUCAGUUUCAUCAGUGGUGAUGUGGGCCUUGUGCCUGCCUUCAAGGAGCCAGAGGAGGGUAUGUCAACUAGCCCUCAGGCUAUUAUCCUGGCUAUGGAACAACAGCAGAGCAGAGCAGAGUUGCGACUUGAGGCGCUCCACCAGAUUGUGGUGCUGAUCUCUGGUAUGGAGGAGAAGGGCAGUCAGCCCGGCUUUCAGUCCUCCUCCCUACUCACCUCUGUCAGGCUGCAGUUCCUGGCGGGGUGUUUUGGCCUCGGUACCGUUGGCACUGGAGGCUUAAAGAGAGAGAGUGUGCAGCUGCAUCACUACCAGGAUGGUGUAAAAGCAGCUAAGAGGAGCCUCCAGCUUGAAAUCCAGACAGCUGUUCAUAAGAUCUAUCAGCAGCUGUCUGUCACACUUGAAAGAGCACUGCAGGCCAAUAAGCACCACGUAGAAGCACAGCAGCGCCUCCUACUGGUGACUGUAUUUGCACUGAGCGUUCGAUAUCAGCCUGUGGACGUUUCCUUGGCCAUCUCAAGCGGGCUGCUUAAUGUGCUGUCUCAGCUCUGUGGCACAGAGACCAUGUUGGGGCAGCCACUACAACUCCUCCAGAAACCUGGUGUGUCCCAGCUCAGCACAGCACUGAAGAUGGCGUCCACUCGCCUGCUGCAGAUACUUGCCAUCAGCACGGGAACGUACGCAGACAAGUUGAGUCCAAAGGUGGUGCAGUCGCUUCUGGACCUUCUGUGUAGUCAGCUGAAGAACCUUCUGUCUCAGGCAGGAGUCGGUGUUCUGUCUUCAGGGAAAGACCAAGAGGACAACAAGCAUGAGGAUGGUGCCGACACAGAGAAGAAAGACCUGAGAGCUCUGCUUCGUAAGCAGCAUACUGCAGAGCUACACCUGGGAGACUUCCUUGUCUUUCUCCGGAGGGUCGUGUCCUCCAAGGCCAUCCAGUCCAAAAUGGCGUCCCCCAAAUGGACCGAAGUUCUUCUCAACAUUGCUGCCCAGAAAUGCUGCUCAGGGGUCCCUCUGGUGGGAAACCUGAGAACUCGGCUCCUGGCUCUUCACGUCCUGGAGGCUGUGCUGCCUGCGUGUGAGGCCAAUAUGGAGGAUGACCAGAUGACACAGGUGGUGGAGCAUCUGUUCUCUCUGCUGUCUGACUGCAUGUGGGAAGCUCCCAUUGCUCAAGCGAAGCAUCUAACCCAGAUUAAAGAAAAAGUCCAAGAACUGAAACUACAGGGGGAGGCAGAGGAGGAGGAUGAGAAUCUUCCCAUCCAGGAAGUGUCCUUUGACCCAGAGAAGGCUCAGUGUUGUGUGGUUGAGAAUGGCCAGGGCCUGACACAUGGCAGUGGGGGAAAAGGCUACGGCUUGGCCUCCACGGGGAUCUCCUCUGGAUGUUAUCAGUGGAAGUUUUAUAUUGUGAAAGAAAACCGAGGCAAUGAGGGCACGUGUGUCGGUGUCUCUCGAUGGCCCGUGCAUGACUUUAACCACCGCACAACUUCGGAUAUGUGGCUGUACCGGGCGUACAGCGGAAACCUCUAUCACAAUGGUGAACAAACGCUGACACUGAGCAGCUUCACUCAGGGAGACUUCAUCACCUGCGUUCUGGACAUGGAGGCCCGAACCAUCUCAUUUGGCAAGAACGGAGAGGAGCCAAAGUUGGCGUUUGAGGAUGUUGAUGCCACAGAGCUUUAUCCCUGUGUGAUGUUCUACAGCAGUAACCCUGGAGAGAAGGUUAAGAUCUGUGACAUGCAAAUGAGGGGAACGCCUCGAGACCUCCUACCUGGCGACCCGGUCUGCAGCCCCAUGGCCACAGUUUUGGCUGAGGCCACGACUCAGCUGAUUCGCAUCCUACAUCGCACCGACCACUGGACCCAUCGCAUCAACAAAACAAUGAUUGAUCGACUUCACAAAAUCAAACCUUGCUUCAGAGAGUUAGCUGGUGCAUCUGGAAGCGGCGGGGGACAACGGCUGAAAAAGAGCCGCUCAGUGCAGAGCCGCGAGGAGCAUGAUGCCCAGAGAGAAAGCCAAGAAAUGCCCAUGAGAACAGAAGAGGAGAGAGGACGCCACGGACGGCAGCACGGCUUGGGGGAGUUGUCGGAACUCCAUCUUAGAACGCUGUGCACAGAGGUGUGGCCAGUCUUGGCAGUGAUUGGGGGUGCAGACACGGGCUUGCGUGUUGGUGGCCGAUGUGUACACAAACAGACUGGGCGCCACGCUACUCUGCUUGGUGUGGUGAAGGAAGGCAGCACUUCAGCUAAGGUGCAGUGGGACGAAGCUGAGAUCACCAUCAGCUUCCCAACUUUUUGGUCACCUAGUGACACUCCACUGUACAACCUGGAGCCCUGCGAGCCGCUGCCGUUUGACGUGAUGCGUUUCCGUGGCCUCACUGCUUCACUUCUGUUGGACCUCACCUACCUUACCAGCAUCCAUGAAGAAACGGCUGCUAAGCUCAGUGCGCGGCGUCAUGACAAGAAGCAUCGCAACGCAGCAUCAACUGGGCAUGAGCCAACCACUAAUGAAGAUAAAGCGGACAAUGAGAGACACAACCGUAACGAACAACAUGAUGCUGUCGGAGACUCUGGAGCAGCUCCAAACACUGUUACCUCUGAACUGCGUGUGUCCCACAGCCUAGACGAGGUGAAGGCGCACGUAGCACCCAACUCAAAGUCAGAGAGUGAGAUCUCCUCUGUGGUCGGUGGGAAUGAGACGCUUUUCACAGCAGCUCCUCACACUCCUGCCGGUGGCAACAGGAAGAAAUGCCACGAGCAUGGCUCCCGCGGUCAUGAGCCUCCUUCCUCCUCCAUCCCCACACAGUCGGAGAUUCACGCUGUUCAGCUGUCCUACCUCUACCUGGGAGCCAUGAAGACUCUGAGUUCCCUGCUGAGCUGCAGCAAAUAUGCUGAGCUACUGCUCAUUCCGAAGGUAAUACCAGAAGCAGCACCCAGUGGGCACAACGCUGAUCUAAAUGCUAGUACCAGUGGAAGCGCAGCUACCACUUCACCAGUCUGUCAGGAAGAGGUAGAGAUGCGCGCAGCGUUGCAGUUUCUCAUGCGUCACAUGGUGAAGCGGGCAGUGAUGCGCUCCCCCAUCAAACGGGCAUUGGGCCUGGCAGACCUGGAGAGGGCGCAGGCUGUGAUCUACAAGCUCGUCGUGAGUGGGCUGCUGGAGGAGCCCAGUGUUGGAAAAGUCAAGCCUGGAGUGAGGAUUGAACCGGAGGGUGAGGGGGAAGGUAUAGAGGGUGAGCAGUUGGCACAGACUCCAGUCACCACCAGCCCCUCUGCCUCCAGCACUACCUCCUUCAUGAGCUCAUCACUGGAGGACACCACCACCGCCACAACACCGGUCACAGACACAGAGACCGCCCCCGCCUCAGAGUCGCCGGGGGUCAUGCCUCUCAGCCUCCUAAGGCAAAUGUUCUCCAGCUACCCGACCACCACCAUGGUUCCAACACGCCGAGCUCAGACUCCUCCAGUGUCAUCUCUGCCGACCUCUCCCUCUGAUGAUGUUGGCCGUAGGCAGAGUCUCACCUCCCCUGACUCCCAGCCCACCAGACCACAGAACAGAACAGGCACCUCUCUGUCAGACCCUAGCAGCAGGCUGUCAACGUCUCCCCCUCCUCCUGCCAUCGCUGUGCCCCUGCUGGAAAUGGGCUUCUCCUUGCGCCAGAUCACCAAAGCACUGGAGGCUACAGGUGCUCGAGGUGAGGCUGACGCUCAGAACAUCACAGUACUGGCCAUGUGGAUGAUAGAACAUCCAGGUACAGAGGAUGAGCCAGACGAGCCUCACCAGAGAGGCGGUGGUGGUGGUGGCGGCGUCGGUGGCGGCGGCGGCAGCACUGACAGGUCUGAACCCUCUUGUCGAGGGGCAACAGCUUCUUCUGGUGGCAAAUGUCAAGACAGGAGUUCAUACCUGUGCUCACCUGGAGACAUCGCUAGUGCAGAUGCCUCAGAGAUGGAAGAGGGUUUCAGCGACAGUCCUGAGGGUCUUGAACAGGACAAUGCAUCAGCCACCAGUGGCUCCGCUCUUAGAGGACGCUCUGCUGCCGGCAGGAAACACCGCUUCGACCUGGCUGCACGAACACUGUUAGCCCGUGCUGCCGGACUGUACCGCUCAGUGCAGGCGCACCACAGUCAAUCGCGCCGUGAGGUCUCAUCCCUCCAGCAGCAGCAGGACCCAGCCACUCUCUAUGACUUUAAUCUGGAUGAGGAGCUGGAGAUGGACCUGGAUGAGGAGACCAUGGAGGCCAUGUUCGGCCAGGACCUCGCUAGUGACACCGACAUUCUGGGAAUGUGGAUCCCGGAGGUACUGGACUGGCCAACAUGGCAUGUGUGUGAGACAGACGAUCGAGAUGAGGUGGUGGUGUGCGAGCUGUGCGAGGCCAACGUGGCCAACUUCAAUCAGCACAUGAAGAAGAGCCACCCAGGCUGCGGCCGCAGUGCCAACCGCCAAGGUUACCGCAGCAACGGCUCUUAUGUGGACGGCUGGUUUGGGGGAGAGUGUGGCAGCGGGAAUCCCUACUACCUGCUGUGUGGAACGUGCAGGGAGAAAUACCUGGCCAUCAAGAGCAAGGCCAAAGUACCUAUAGUAGAGAGGUAUAAGGGACAAGCUCCAGACCUCCUGGGAAAACAGGACAGUGCCUAUGAAGAGGACUGGGACAUGCUAGAUGUUGAUGAGGAUGAGAAGCUGACAGGGGAGGAAGAGUUUGAGCUCUUGGCCGGACCGUUGGGUCUGAGUGAGCGAAGGAUCGUCCCCGAGGCUGUUCAGUUCCCUGACAGCGACCCACUUGGAGCUUCUGUUGCCAUGGUGACCGCCACCAACAGCAUGGAGGAGACCUUGCUGCAGAUAGGCUGUCAGACCUCAGUGGACAAGAGUUCAUCAGGCAGGGUGACACUGGGCGAGCAGGCCACCGCCCUGCAAAACCCACAUGACCGAGUGAUGGCACUGAGGAGGGUGACAGCUGCAGCUCAAGUGCUGCUGGCCAGGACCAUGGUGAUGAGAGCGCUGUCGCUGCUUUCAGUUAGUGGUUCAAGCUGCAGCCUUGCAGCAGGUCUGGAGUCUCUCGGUUUGACUGACAUUAGGACUUUGGUCAGACUGAUGUGCCUGGCAGCGGCAGGCCGAGCCGGGCUUUCCACCAGUCCUACAGCGGGCUCUGGCCACACUGAAAGGCCCCGCGGGGCCACCAAGGCGAGCAAACCCAUCUCGUGUCUGGCUUACCUCAGCACAGCAGUGGGUUGCCUGGCAUCCAAUAGUCCCAACGCCGCCAAGCUGCUUGUGCAGCUUUGCACUCAGAACUUGAUCUCUGCAGCUACUGGCAUGAAUCUGACAACAGUAGAUGACCCCAUCCAGAGGAAGUUUCUGCCCAGCUUCCUCCGUGGUGUCGCUGAGGAGAACAAGCUCAUUACUUCCCCGAACUUUGUGGUGACACAGGCGCUGGUGGCUCUGCUGGCAGAUAAAGGGGCACGACUCAGACCCGCAUAUGACAAGACUGAUGUGGAGAAAAGAGGCCCUCUGGAGCUGGCCAAUGCACUGGCAGCUUGCUGCCUGUCAUCAAGGCUGUCCUCACAGCACCGCCAGUGGGCUGCCCAGCAGCUGGUCCGCACACUGGCCGCCCAUGACCGUGACAACAACCAGAGCCGGCCACAGACCUUUGCUGACAUGGCAGGGGACCUGCGGAAGUGCUCCUUCAUCAAGCUUGAGGCUCACCAGAGCAGGGUCAUCAUGUGUGGAUGGUGCAGUAAGAAAGGCCUGUUGGCCACGAGUGGCAACGACGGCACAGUCAGAGUGUGGAAUGUGACCAAGAGCCAGUACACACUCCAACAGACGUGCAUCUUUAAUAAAGAUGAUGGCUCCUCAGAAGAGGGCGUGUCCAGCCUCGGAUCUCCCAGUGACAUGUGUCUGUCUCCUUUGGCAUGGAGUGUAACCGGGAAAUAUUUGGCCUCCGCCAUUGAGAAAAUGGUCAACAUCUGGCAAGUUAAUGGUGGUAAAGGUCUCCUGGAUGUGCAGCCUCACUGGGUUUCAGCUCUAGCAUGGCCUAAAGAGGAAGAGUCUUUAUGGUGUGGUGAACCCAAGGACAUGCUGCUGGUGGGUCGGAUGGACGGAUCUCUGGGCCUCAUUGAGGUGCUGGACACGGCCACAAUGCACCGCACAGAGCUGGAGCAUUGCUACAGGAAAGAUGUGGCAGUGAUGCACAUUGCCUGGUACAGUGAGGACAAGCCUUUUGCUGUGGGCUACGCAGAUGGCAAGCUACUUAUUGGAUCCAAAGAGCCCUUAGAAAAGGGCGCCAUUGUGGUUAUCGACGCACACAAGGAGUCCAUCAGCUGUAUGAAAUGGAGCCCCACUGGUCAGAUCCUGCUCACCUGUGCCAAAGAGGAGACAGUGAAGCUUUGGGCGAGCCACGACCUUCGCUCCAGCUGGCGCUGCCUGCAAAGUCUCAGACACCCUUCCGUGGUUAACAGUGUAGCCUGGUGUGGCCUGCCUGGAUGUGGGCAAAAGCCCCUCAACAUGUUGGCCAUAUGCUGCCAGAACGGUCUGGUUUCAGUUUGGACUGUUCCUCAGGAUGUUUCCCACUUUGCAGAAUCCUGCUCACCUGACUCAGAGGGAUGGUGGGAGAAUGAAGCAAAACCUAAAAUGAUGUCCUCCCGGUGUUCAGUAGAUGGAGCAACAUGUGUUUUCCAGCUAAAGGGUCACAUCACUCCGGUCAGAACAUUGGCCUUCAGCCCUGAUGGUCUAGCUCUGGCAUCUGGAGGAGUAGGAGGCCUCAUGAACAUCUGGUCCCUGCGGGAUGGGUCGGUCCUCCAGACGGUCGUAGCUGGGUCGGGGGCAAUUCAGAACAUCGUCUGGAUUUCAGAUGUGGGUGUAGCUGUCUGCUCCAACAGGUCAAAGGACGUGCUUGUCGUCAACUGCUCCAAAGAGUUCAUGGUGUCCAACCAUGUGCUAGCCACGUGCCGCACAGCUCUGAAGAAGCAGGGUGUGGUGGGACUUAACAUGGCGCCCUGCAUGAGGGCCUUCCUGGAGAGACUGCCUGUCAUGCUGCAGGAGCAAUAUGCCUACGAGAAGCCUCACGUUGUCUGUGGCGAGCAGCUCGUGCACAGCCCCUACAUGCAGUGCUUGGCCUCCCUGGCCGUGGGUCUCCACUUGGACCAGCUCAUGUGUCGCCCACCUGUGCCACCUCACCUGCGACACUGCCCGCCAGAGUCUGGCACUGCCAUCUGGAGCAUCAGCGAGUGGGCAUGGUUGGACUGCUUUUCUACAACAGUCAAAGCAGCGGAGGCUCUCGCUCGUGGCGCCACCUUCCCCGAGUCCUUCUCUGUUCCGGACAUGGAGCCUGUACCCAAAGAUGAAAUGGUUCUGCUCAUGGACAACAGUAAAUGGUCACCUGGAAUGGAUGAACAGAUCAUGUCCUGGGCUACGUCGAGACCAGAGGACUGGCACCUCGGAGGGAAGUGUGAUUGUUUUCUGUGGGGUGCAGGGCGACACGGUCAGCUAGCAGAGGCUGGCAGAAACAUACUGGUGCCGACCACAGCUCCGUCUUUCUCUCAAGCACAACAGGUGGUGUGUGGUCAGAAUUGCACCUUUGUGAUCCAGCCUAAUGGGACAGUGUUGGCGUGCGGUGAGGGAAGCUACGGUCGCCUGGGACAAGGCAACUCUGACGACCUGCAUGUACUCACCGUCAUUUCAGCUCUUCAAGGAUUUGUUGUGACACAACUGGUGACCUCGUGUGGCAGUGACGGUCACUCCAUGGCACUGACGGAGAGCGGCGAGGUGUUCAGCUGGGGGGACGGGGACUAUGGUAAGCUGGGCCAUGGAAACAGUGACCGCCAACGCAGACCCAGACAAAUAGAAGCUCUGCAAGGAGAGGAGGUGGUACAGAUGUCAUGUGGGUUCAAACAUUCAGCGGUGGUCACAGCUGACGGGAAACUCUUCACCUUUGGUAAUGGGGAUUAUGGCCGACUGGGACUGGGAAACACCUCCAACAAGAAACUGCCAGAGAAGGUCAUGGCUCUGGAGGGUUACCAGGUCGGACAGGUGGCAUGUGGUCUUAACCAUACUUUGGUCAUCUCUGCUGAUGGAAUGAUGGUUUGGGCUUUUGGUGACGGUGACUAUGGAAAACUGGGACUCGGUAAUUCCACAGCCAAGUCAUCGCCUCAGAAGGUGGAUGUGCUCUGUGGCAUCGGAAUCAAGAAAGUGGCGUGUGGCACGCAGUUCUCCGUGACUUUGACCAAAGACGGAAAGGUUUUCACAUUUGGCCAAGACCGUCUCAUUGGUCUCCCUGAGGGCCGGGCCAGGAACCACAACCGUCCCCAGCAAGUCCCGGCUCUGUCGGGGAUCCACAUCCAGGACAUCGCUGUCGGAGCAGAGCACACUUUGGUGCUUUCCUCCACAGGAGAUGUUUACACCUGGGGCAGCAACUCGGAGGGACAGCUGGGUCUUGGUCACACCAACCACGUCCGGGAGCCCACGCUUGCGACGGCGCUGCAGGGCAAGAACAUUCACCAGAUUUCUGCUGGACGAUGCCACAGUGCAGCAUGGACGGCUCCCUCUGUGCCGCCACGAGCGCCAGGCUCAUCAGUUCCCCUGCAGCUGGGUCUGCCUGUGGUGGUGCCUCCUCAGUACAGUUGCCUGAAGGAAGUGAGUAUCGAGUCAGUCAGAGCUCGCCUCCGCCUCCUCUACCACUUCUCCGACCUCAUGUACUCAUCAUGGAGACUGCUCAACCUCAGUCCUAACAACCAGAGCUGUGCCUCCCAUUACAACCCUGGCACCUGGGGGAUUGUCCAGGGCCAGCUGAGGUCACUGUUGGCUCCCAGAGUGUACACUCUGCCCAUGGUGCGCUCUAUCGGCAAAACUAUGGUGCAGGGAAAGAACUACGGUCCCCAGAUCACUGUCAAACGCAUCUCUACUCGGGGGCGGAAGUGUAAGCCAAUCUUCGUGCAGAUCGCUCGCCAGGUCGUAAAGCUCAACGCCUCUGACCUCCGACUGCCGUCGAGGGCUUGGAAGGUGAAGCUGGUGGGAGAAGGGGCGGACGAUGCAGGCGGCGUCUUUGAUGACACCAUCACAGAGAUGUGCCAGGAGCUGGAGACAGGGGUGGUGGACCUGCUCAUCCCUUCCCCCAACGCUACAGCAGAGGUCGGCUACAACAGAGACAGGUUCCUCCUGAGCCCGUCAGCCUGCCAUGAUGAGCACAUGCUGCAGUUUAAAUUUCUGGGCAUCCUGAUGGGCGUGGCCAUCCGCACUAAAAAGCCCCUUGACCUGCACCUGGCUCCGCUGGUGUGGAAGCAGCUUUGCUGCAUACCGCUGCUCCUGGAGGACCUGGAGGAGGUCGACCUCCUCUACGUGCAGACGCUGAAAAGCAUUCUUCACAUUGAAGACAGCGGCAUCACAGAGGAUAAUUUCCAUGAGAUGAUUCCUCUGGAUUCCUUUGUGGGGCAGAGUGCAGAUGGUAAGAUGGUGCCCAUCAUCCCAGGAGGAAACAGCAUUCCUCUCACGUUCUCCAACAGGAAGGAGUAUGUGGAGCGAGCUAUUGAGUACAGGCUACAUGAACUUGAUCGGCAGGUGGCGGCAGUUCGUGAAGGCAUGUCGUGGAUCGUCCCCGUGCCAUUGCUGUCGCUGCUGACGGCCAAACAGCUGGAGCAGAUGGUGUGCGGUAUGCCCGAGAUCUGCUGCGACGUGCUGAAGAAGGUGGUGCGGUAUCGGGAGGUGGACGAACAGCACUCGCUGGUGCAGUGGUUCUGGCAGACUCUGGAGGAGUUUUCCAACGAGGAGCGUGUCCUCUUCAUGCGCUUCGUCUCCGGACGCUCGAGGCUGCCGGCGAACACGGCUGACAUCUCUCAGAGGUUUCAGAUCAUGAAGGUGGACCGGCCAUACGACAGCCUGCCCACCUCUCAAACCUGUUUCUUCCAGCUGCGACUGCCACCGUACUCGAGUCAGGCUGUCAUGGCGGAGAGGCUGCGCUACGCCAUCAACAACUGCCGCUCCAUCGACAUGGACAAUUACAUGCUCUCCCGUAAUGUGGACAACGCAGAGGGCUCCGACACCGACUACUGACGAAGGCACUUCACACACGUCCACAUAAAUAAAUCAUAAGCUUCCCGGCAAUGACUGGGAACAGACUAAUGUAUCUGAAGUCACUAGGCAAAAACGCGCGUG